GUUCAACUGUCUUUUUAUAUUUCAUCAUGGCUCGAGACCCUACCGUGGAGGUUCCUCCGGAGGAAGUACAUCAUUAUAAUGAUAUCGGCGAGGUGCCCUGGGAUAUUCAGAACUACUGGGCGCAACGCUACAAGAUCUUUUCGAAGUAUGAUGAGGGUGUCUGGCUGACCGAUGAUGCCUGGUUUGGGGUAACACCUGAGCCAGUAGCCAACAAAAUAGCAGAACACAUGGCGCAGUCCGCUCCCGCAGGACGCAGCAUCCUAGUAGAUGCAUUCGCCGGCGCGGGUGGCAACUCCAUCGCUUUCGCGCUGUCUGGUAGAUGGAAGCGUGUCUACGCCAUCGAGAAGAACCCUGCUGUCCUGCAGUGCGCCAAACACAACGCCAAGAUAUAUGGCGUCGCAGACAAGAUCACCUGGUUUGAGGGAGAUUGUUUCGAAAUCAUCAAGAAUCAGCUGAAGGACUUGGCGCCGUAUAGUGUCGUGUUUGCAAGUCCGCCGUGGGGUGGCCCCGGGUAUCGCUCCGACACGGUGUUUAAUCUGAGUACUAUGGAGCCGUACUCCCUCGGAAAACUUUACAAAGAGUAUUCUCUGUUCACAGAACACAUAGUUCUCUACCUUCCUCGGACAUCAGACGUCAAGCAAAUGGCCAAGGUUGUCAAGGAGGGCCAAAAGUCAGUGGUGAUGCAUUACUGCAUGGAAGGUGCUAGCAAGGCGUUGUGUGUUUAUUAUGGGGGCUUUAAUCUCGAAUGAUUCCGCUCAAAAUCUCUUCAUUCUCUCUCUGUCCCGGUCUGUUCCUUUUUUAAGUGGCAUUUCGAACGUUAUCUGGAAGUGACCAGACGCAUCAAGUGUACAAUAGCGGUUCUAGUAUCAAGAGAAUACCCGAUGAUUCUUCUGUUUCCGCCACUAUGCCCUCCCCGAUUAGGUUAAUAUAAUACUAUGUGUUUCAGUUCUUUCAUCACCACCACAGCAGAUCC